CUAAAGUACACGUAGUAAGAUGGCAGAAUUAAUAUACAGAAAUCCAGAAUCUAUCUAAUGUACAGGUAACCGGAAAACAAAAACCAGAAGCAAAACCCAACCGAACCCAAACCAUCUAUCAUACAUUGUCGAGGAUCAUCACGCGCAAGAAAUAUCGAAACUGAGGGUAUUCAUGAUCGUACAGGUCGUAAAGGCUGACAUUUCCAUGAGAGUCGUGACUCGUGUGCGAUUAAGGAUACACAUAGGCAUAGGAUGGCGUCGAUGUAUCUCAAGCAGGGGUGCAGGUAGAGCAACGGGGGUGGUCGUUGCAGCUGGUGCAACGGCCAGAGCUCAGCGACGGGUUGUUCAUGUUGCCGCACUUGCAGCAUACCCACCAGCCGGCCAUAGAGGGUCUGACGGCUGCGUGGACUAUGGUGGUGUUGGCGUUCUGGACUUGGUUGGUCAUGGUUGCAAGACUGGGAAACGGCAAUGAGAUCUUCAGACUGGGUUUGGGAGAUAUGGAGAUAGGACCAGCUUGGGGCAAGACAACUAGCCAAGCGGAGGACCGAUUGAGAGUGGAGAGGUCGAUGAGUUGUCCAGGCACUGCGGGCGAUAUACCUGGGCAGACAGUUCCUGCAAUUGAGGUGCCCCGGCCUGCAUACAUCAAAGACGAAGCCAGCAAUGUAAAGCUCUUCCGAUAA